AUACUAUAAUUCCCAUAAUGCUCCGCUUCAUCGGCGUUAAUUAUCGAUGUAAACAGAAGUGAGAAGAAAAGUCUAUGGUUUCAGGAUUCCUGCUAACAAUAAUCUCAGAUAUGGAACAAAGACAGCCUUGCUAUAUGAACGCUUAAUUUGAUCGACUGUUAACGUCCUGUAUGUGGCUGGGCCUGUAGCCUGCGCUGUGUUGGGCACAAUCCCCAGAGCCAGGCGGGCUUCUGGGGCCGCUUCCCAAAAACCACACCCAGUCCACUGCUCCCCUGACCCACUAUUCCUUAUGCUAACCCUUCUGAGCAUGUUUUACUACAUCUGUCUGCGGCGCCGGUCCAGGAGCGGAACUCGGGGUGAGGCGCUGACCAGCAGGCGGGCCAUGGAGUCAGGCCAGCGGGCCACCCUGCCCAUCAGCGUGGAGGUGGAACAGUAUGCCAAAGAGGUGCUGGACUUCAGCUCCCACUACGGCAGUGAGAACAGCAUGUCGUACACCAUGUGGAACCUGGCCGGCAUGCCCAACGUCUACCCCAGCUCUGGGGACUUCACCCAGACGGCCGUGUUCAGGGCCUACGGGGUGUGGUGGGAGCAGUGUGCCAGCGCGCCGCUUCCCUUCCGCCGCACGCCCAAGGCCUUCCACAGCCAGGACUACAUCGAGCUGGCCUUCGAGGAACCCGUCUACCCCACAGCUGUGGAGGUGCUGGAGACCUACCACCCGGGGGCUAUCGUCCAGAUCAUGGCCUGCUCCCUCAACCCCUUCUCCCAGAACCCUCCCACCGACGUCCGGUGGGAGGUGUUGUGGGCUGAGGAGCCCACCAAGGUGCUGACUCCCCAGGCCAGGCAGUUCUCUCCCAGCAUCAAGCAGCUGAGCUUCCCCACCAACUUGAUCCGCGUGGAGGUCAACAGCUCCCUGCUAAAGUACUACACGGAGCUGGACGCCGUCGUCCUGCGUGGCCAGAAAGAGAGGCCCAUCCUCUCCCGUUAUAGGAUGCCCAGGAUCGACAUCUGUGACCUGAGGGACAGCGAUGAGGAACUGUCUGACCCGGGAGCCUCCUUCAGACAGGCCGGGGAUGGCAAGCACAUUAACCUAGGGAAUGGAUACUUUGAUAAACUGCCCUACGAGUUGAUCCAGCUGAUAGUUAGCCACUUGACCCUGCCCGACCUGUGUCGCCUGACCCAGACCUGCAAGCUACUCAGCCAGCACUGCUGUGACCCCCUCCAGUACAUCCAGCUGAGCCUGCAGCCAUACUGGGCUCGCCUCAGUGACACCUCCCUGAGCCACCUGCAGGGUCGGUGCACCCUGCUCCAGAGGCUCAACCUCUCCUGGACCGGUAACCGUGGAGCCCUCACCCUCACCGGCUUCAGCAGCUUCAUGAAGGCGUGUGGUGGGAGCCUGGUGGGUCUGGAGCUGUCGUGUUGUCACUUCCUGAGUGAACCGUGUCUGGAGGUCAUCUCCCAGACGUGUCCCGGGCUGCAGGAGCUCAACCUGUCCUCGUGCGACCGCCUCCACCCCCAGGCCUUUACACACAUCUCCAAGCUCACCCGCCUGCGCCGGCUAGUGCUCUACCGCACAAGGAUAGAGCAAACAGCCAUGUUGCGCAUCCUAACCUUCUGUAUUGAGCUGAGACACCUCAACCUGGGGAGCUGUGUGAUGAUAGAGGACUAUGACGUGGUGGCCAGCAUGCUGGCUGUCCGCUGCCGCUCACUGCGCUCCCUGGACCUGUGGCGCUGCAGAAGCCUGUCGGAGCGUGGCCUGGCCGAGCUGGCUGCAGGAUGCAGAUUACUGGAGGAGCUGGACCUGGGCUGGUGCUCCACACUGCAGAGCAGCUCGGGCUGCUUCCAGCACCUGGCCCGCAACCUGCAGUGCCUGAGGAAGCUCUUCCUCACCGCCAACCGUACCGUGUGCGACUCGGACAUUGAGGAGCUGGCUGCCAACUGCCCCGCACUGCAGCACCUCGACAUACUGGGCACCCGGAUGGUAAGCUCCUCCUCCCUGAGGAAGCUGCUGCAGGCGUGUCCGAAGCUCCUCCUCCUGGACGUGUCCUUCUGCGCGCAGGUGGAUGCCCGCAUUGUCCAAGAGCUCUGCGGACUCUUCCCCAAUGUGGCCAUCAAGAAGAGCUUUACCCAGUGACUUCACCCAGCCACACCCUCACACAGGAGCAGUGACACAGGGACACCUUCACAGGGACACCAGGGGGGAGGCACUACUUUUGACUAGUGGGGUGGAGUAUUACUGAAUGCCCAGUGGGUAGAAUGAAUGGGGUCUGAUGCCCGAGAGCACUGAGGCCUAUUAUAAUAUGGACUAAAUGGUUAGGAGUGUUGUGUUGUGGUGACAUGAGCAUCGGCUGAACACCUCACCUACAUCUCAACACAGUCUCCUCAUGUUAAGCCGCUGAAUGCAAGAGAGAGUCUUGUGAGGAGAAACUGGUUGAAAUCAGGGUCACGGGUGCCAAAGUCGCUAGAUUUCAUUGUUGGUCAGCCUAGUAUCUGACACAUCUGGUGGCGGCUGCUUGUCAUCUGUCCACCCCUCCUGUGACUCAUUUGUAAAAUGUCUGACCUCAGUGUUUUAUCUGAAUCUGAAAUCUCAGGGGUUUUAUCUUGUUCAUAUUGUUCAAUUAUUAUGUAGAUGUUUAUUUUUUCUUCAGAAACCAGCAGAAGAGCCUCCUUUAUUCUGAGAGAAACAUUUGAGUCCUGUUUGAUUUGUUCUGAGACAACGGGAAUUCUGGGAAAAAUUUACAUUGGGCACUGAUACUGAGACAAAAAUUUUUUUUAUGUUGAAUAUUGUGCAAAUUGUAUGAUUGUAAAAUGAUAUCAAUAUCCUUAAUUAUUUAUUGAUCUUGUAAUAUAUUAUUGCACAUCUCCAAUGCUACGUUAGCGUUUCCUUUAAACUGAGACUCAGCGAUACGAGCAGCAGUGUGAAACAAAUAUAUAUUUAGGAAUAAACGCUAUACAAUAGGCUAUACAUGUGAGCACCCACAGUCCCGUACAGAGCAUCUUCGCAUGUGCAUGGGAGAUCGCUUCACUCUCCUGCAAAUGUGAUAGCUGGGGGACAACUACUGCGGCGUAGAUUAGCCUCUCGCUUCACUCUCUUCGUUGUUGGGGAUAUUGGCCUGAUAUGCAGCUACUGGAAUUUGUAUAGCUGAAUCUACCUUUAAGCGAAACUUGGGAGUGUCAUUAUGAGCAGUAGCUAGCUAGUAUGUGAGGUAUUUUUGUGCCUUAUAUUCAUGACUGUAUGUGGUGUCUGUGUCAGUGGUUGUAAUGCUUUGCUUCCUGCCCUCUACCAAAGUUACCAUCAAAUCCCAUGUCCCUCGCUAUAGCUUCAUUUGACCAGUGAAGAAACCCAUGCAGAUCUGUCAUCUUGAUUUGACAUAUGCAAAGCCAUAUUUAUUUUAAGCAGAAUCUUAUCUCCAUCUUUCAAUUCCCUUUUUUUAUUAAGUGGCAGUUAUGUCUGCUUUUUGGAUUACAUAUUAUUUUAUCUGUGGGAACGUGGUCUGGGCACGCUCAAAUCACUAAAGUAACCUGCACAGGGAAACUAUUGAAAAAAACAUAUUAAUGUUAACAUUCGUGCAACGAACACACGCAAUCUGUCAUCCCGCUACACAAAUCUAGUUUCUCUCCUUUGUCCGGUCACUAGCUGACCAAAGUCACCACAGUUUUUGCCACAUUGUAAUGCUACUUUUAUUUAGAGGCAUUUAUUGAUGUGGACCUGCUAUUUUUUUGCAUUGAUGGACUUUUCCCCAGUCAGUUUUGGAUGCGUGUGUGUGGUCAAACUUAGUGCCAUUUGUAGAACCUUUAGUAAUGUACCCUUAACCAAGUGUGAAUGUCAGGUGUGGUGUCGUCAAGACUCACUGGCAGAUAACCACUCGAAAGUGUUGAAAAAGGUUGCAUCUGUACUACGACGAAACUGGGUGCUUUAAUUUGAAAUAAAAUGAAGGUUGAUGACUGAGA